AUGGAUGAAAUGUUUAAACUUUGGAUAGUUUCUUUUUGUGGGAUUUUCAUUUGUUCAGCCGACGAUGUGGACUAUUUGCAGAGUUUCCUAAACAAGGAUAGUGGACUUGAUAACAAUGUGGUUUGUAAUUUGGAAACGAACUGUUCUGUACCUAAUAUUGAGGGAGUGACAGUUGUGAACCCGGAGAUGGAAUGUCCAGAAAAACUCUACAACUGUUCUGGCAGCUUCCACUGCUCCUCUGAACAUCGACACACCAUCCCGAUUACAGAGGUUUGUGAUGGAAGAGACAACUGUCCCGAAUCUGACGACGAAUCCACAUGUCCGAAACUCUGCCAGCCAUUUUGCAAGUGUAUUGGCUUAACGGUCAUCUUAAAUGAAAGUCCACUGGUUACCUCAAGCCUCUUUUUCAAUAAUACGUCCUCAGUUUAUGACAAUAGUAGUGGCCCAUUAUUAGAGUUCCUCCAUCCGCCGUAUCUUUCUUAUCUAGCUGUGGUUAAUGUACAUGCAUUUUCCAGUAAUUGCCUGUCUGGGUUAUACAACCUUAAAUCACUGGACCUAUCUGAAAACAGCAUAUUGUCUCUACCAUCUAAAGCGUUUAGCGACCUGUCAAACCUCAUAUUACUAAAUUUGUCAUCUAACGGACUAAAUGAUUUGUCUAGUAAUGUGUUUUCUGGACUUCUUGCACUGAGAAGACUCGAUCUUUCCAGCAACAAGUUAGGGAUUCUCCCAGAGAAUGUGUUUCAUGGAUUUUCUGCGCUUACAUUUCUUGAUAUGUCCUAUAAUCGCAUAACUGUUUUACCUCCUCAUGUGUUCAAUGAGCUGAUUCUGCUAGCACAUAUUUCUCUGAAUUCAAAUCGGAUUGUGAGUCUUCCCGAUAAACUCUUCAGAGGUCUCCCUGAUCUCACAACGUUGGUGCUCUCUGACAACAAGAUCAAACGGCUCCCUGUAACUUUGUUCAAGGGGUUAUCGGAUCUAACGGAGCUCGAUCUAUCCAAUAACAUACUGAAGAGUCUCCCACGUGCUAUUUUUAAAGGACUUUCAGAACUUACUGAACUUGAUCUGUCCGAUAACCAAAUAAAACGUCUGCCUGGUGGCGUAUUCAGAAAAUUAAUGGAGCUUACCACACUGAUUCUGGCUAACAAUACAUUGAAACGUCUUCCAUACGCUGUUUUCAAUGGACUCUCUGAGCUAACGGACUUGGAUUUGUCUGAUAAUCAGAUUAAAUAUGUUCCUGAGAAUGUAUUUAGUGAAAUGCAAGCUCUCACCAAGCUCUUCCUUAACGCCAACCAAAUUACAGCUCUCCCAAGCAAUGUGUUUUUAGGACUUUCUGAAUUGGCAAGGCUGGGCUUGUCAAAAAAUAGAAUAAAGCGCCUUCCUGAUACUGUGUUCCAUGGACUAUCUGAACUGUCCCAACUCGAUCUGUCUUACAAUAAACUAAACCUUCUUCCUGAAACUGUUUUCUUUGAUUUAUCUGAACUUUCUGAACUGAAUCUUUCUCAUAACAUGAUAGAAAUACUCCACAAAGAUUCAAUAAACGGACUCUCGCUUCUUACACUGCUAGAUUUAUCUCAUAAUAAAAUAGAGGUUCUCGAAGGUUCUGUAUUCAAAGAUCUCUCUAGACUCACCCAUCUGUACCUUUCCAACAACAAGCUUGCCUUUCUCUCCGAUAACUUGUUCAGAGAUUUCUCUGAACUUAUGGAAGUGGAUUUGUCGAACAAUCUUAUAACAAAUUUAUCCAAUGCUGUCUUUAGAGGGCUGACGAAACUAACUAAAAUUUCGCUGUCCGACAAUCUGAUAAACGUUUUCGCUAUAGAUGUACAUGUACCGACUCGAGUAUUAAAUCGCAAAAAUCAGGUUUUAUAUAACAGUACAGUCUCGCCUCAUUUCGAUACUAUUCUCCCCGAGUUUGAACCAACUCUGCCUGAUAUUUUUAGCGACCUUUCAGUACUUACAGAACUUGACUUGUCCAACAACAAAAUAACUAGCCUGCCACGUUAUUUGUUCACUUACUUACCUGUCCUCAACCAACUCUACCUACAAGGUAAUUUGCUUAAGGUUCUCCCCGAUCAUGUAUUUCUUGAACUAUCGAAAUUAAAAAUUCUGAACCUUUCAAACAAUAGUAUUGAAGAUCUCUCUCAUGUUGUAUUCAAAGGUUUGUCAAUGCUUACCCACCUCUCCCUUCAUAACAAUAUGAUUAAAACUCUCCCUGAUCGUGUGUUCAGUGAUCAAGCACAACUUACUGAACUGGGUCUAUCGAACAAUAAUAUCAGACGUCUAAAAAGUAGGGUAUUCAAUCACUUAGGCAAACUUAAAAAACUCGAUUUGUCGUACAAUAGAAUAAUACUUACUAAAGAUACAGUUUUACGAGGAAUGCCGAAACUUUCCCAAUUAGUCUUAUCAAAUAACAAGAUCGGGUUUCUACGAAAUAACGCAUUAAGCGCGCUGUCUGAACUUACAGAACUCGAUUUGUCUUACAAUAAGAUAAAAGAACUCCCGAACAAGCUUUUCAGCAAACAUGCAAAACUUCACAUUCUUAGUCUAUCCCAUAAUAAGAUUAAAGUUGUCCCUGCUACCGUGUUCAGUAAACUUUCAAAUCUUGUUGAGUUGGAUCUGUCUGAUAAUAAGAUAAAAACUAUCGAUAAAGCAGUGUUUGGUGGACUGUCAAAUCUCACCAAAUUGGAUUUGUCUAAAAAUAAAAUAAAACUUCUCCCCGAUACCUUAUUUAGAAAACUCUCGAAGCUCUCCAAACUUGUUCUUUCUGGUAAUAGAGUAAGAGGUCUUCCGAAUGGUAUAUUUCUUGGUCUUUCUGGCCUGACUGAAUUAUCUCUUUCAAAUAAUGACAUAUGGACUCUCCGUAGUGAAACGUUUACAGGACUUUCGAUGCUUUUCAAACUAGAUUUAUCGAAUAAUCAGAUUACAGAUCUAUCAAAUGAUAUUUUUAAUGGGUUGUCAAGUCUAUCUUAUCUCUACCUACAAAAUAAUCAGAUUGUGUCUCUUUCAGGUCAAGUGUUUCAUGGAUUAUCAAGCCUCUUUUCACUCAGAUUGUCUAAUAAUCACUUAUCCAAUCUCCCCGAUUUUGUGUUUAGCAGAGUGUAUGUAGUUAAUCUUUAUCUAGACAAUAACAAACUUUCUGGUCUUCCUACCUUGCCACCUAAUCUGAAUAAUCUGGAUUUAUCAAACAAUAGCCUAACAGAACUACCUCCUGGAAUUUUCAUCAAUAACAGCAGGUUAUCUCAUUUAAAUAUUCUUGGUAAUAAACUAGAAGUGACGGAGAAUAUUUUUGAAGGUUUGAAAAAUCUAGUUAUUUUGUUGACUGACACUCCAUUCAUGUGUUGUGUGAAACCGAAAUCUGUCGCUGAUAGUAAGUGUUUAAGAACAUCAGUCCAGUGUUCAAAGGAUGACAAGAUUUGUAAAUCAAAGAAUGAUGCCAUAUCUUCCUGCUAUGCUCUGAUAAGCUCUGGUGUACUACGGGUAUUUCUGUGGACUAUUGGUCUGUGUGCUGUCCUGGGAAAUUUGGUUGUCAUAUUCUAUCGUACAUUCAUAGAUAAAGAUAAUAUCACUAAAAGUUAUUCUCUCUUUGUUUUAAAUUUAGCUUUGUCUGACUUUCUGAUGGGGAUUUAUUUGUUGAUAAUUGGCGUUGUUGAUGCAUAUUACAACAAAGUUUAUGCUUGGAAUGAACAUAAAUGGAGGACAAGUUUUGCUUGUACAACAGCUGGAAUUUUCUCUAGUAUCUCAAGUGAAAUGUCAACAUUUCUAAUUCUACUAAUAACAAUAGAUAGGUUAAUCGUUGUUGUGUUCCCAAUGUCACGUCUCUCCCAGUGGAACAUAUCCUGGAGACAAGCCACAGUUGUCUCAGUGUUCCUCUGGCUGAUAUCUAUUACACUCGCGGUAGUUCCUACUUUUGUUGCGCAAUCCUACUUCAAAGGAGAAUAUUACUCUCAGUCUGGAGUUUGCCUCGCCCUGCCACUGACGAACGUUGCACAGCCAGGUGCGGAAUAUUCGUUUGCAGUGUUCGUAUGCCUGAAUAGCAUAGUUUUUGUCGUUAUAGUAACAGGACAAAUUUGGAUGUUAAAAAGUUUAAGGGCCAGAUGUAGUCGGAUUACCUCGUCGCAGACUCGACAACGAGAGAUGGUAGUAGCGAGGACCUUGUUCCUAGUUGUGGCGACUGACUUCUGCUGCUGGUGUCCUAUCGGUAUUAUGGGUAUACUGUCUAAGUGUGGGAUAACGAUUCCAGACCAUGCUUAUGCAUGGGUGAUGGUGUUCGUCUUACCAGUUAAUGCUGCUGUCAAUCCGUUCUUGUACACAAUCACAGCGAUAUGGAAGAGGCGACGACAGCGGGAACAAGACUCGACAGCGAUGACGUCACGGAUAAGUGUUUUCCUGCGUCAAGCAGUCGGUAACGUGGCCGAGACACAUGUUUAA